AAAUUCGUUAGUCGUACAAAUCGCAUGCCGUUUUGCGGGUAGUGCCAAAAACACACACACACACAGACACACAAACAUACAAAAGACACCUUCAGCAGAGAUCAGCUGCGGAUUGCCUCAAUCUAAAUAAAUAAAUUAAUAAAGGAAUUUCAUGAACCACAUGGAAAAGUGCAUUUUGCGUUUCAUAUAAAAAAUAUAUAAAUAAAUAUAAAAGAACUGCAGCAAGCAAAAGGAAAACAUUCAUUGGUGGAAAAGUAUCUGACGGAUGCAAAAUUAAAAUUGUGGACUUCAGUUGUAAUUUUAGGUCGAUUGUUGUGAUCGUUGCUGCUGCGUACGGCGCACAAUUCAACGUGAAACAGACAAUAACGGCAAACGGAUAUAUAGCUGCUAUUGGCGUAGCCAAAAAACAAGCGGCAUACAUAUACUAUACAGACUAUACCUAUAUACUACCUAUAUAGUUAUAUAUCUGCACAGCGAAUACGGUAAACUGGGCAAUCGCAAAAUUGCGAGAUGACGACGCGCGGCAUUCGGCGUAAAAAGUCAACGCUGACCGAGUUGAAAAUCGCAGUUAUUGGCUCGCCCAGUGUUGGAAAGAGUGCUUUAAUUGUGCGUUUCUUGACAAAACGUUAUAUUGGCGAAUACGAUCAUCAGACUGAGAAUCGCUACAAGCACGAAUCCAUGGUGGAUAAUGAGCCGGUGCUCUUUGAACUGCUCGACACAUGUCCCAAGGCCGAUGAUGAAUAUCCAAAUGCUGCGGAACUGAUCCAAUGGGCCGAUGGCCUGCUGCUCGUCUACUCCAUCACGGAUCGGAAGAGUUUCAACUAUAUACGCCGUGCCAAAUCCGAUUUACAAUCGGAUACACCCGUUCAGCUCUGCGCCAACAAAGUGGAUAUGGUUCAUCUGCGUCAAGUUAGCCGCGAUGAGGGCGAAAUACUCGCCAAAGACUUUGAGUGCAAGUUCAGUGAGGUCUCUGCGGCGGAUCAUGUUGAUCAGGUGGCCGAAGUAUUCAAUGAACUAUGCAAGGAGGUCCUAGCCUGCAAGCGCAAGUCCAAGCAGAGCCUCCUGGAGCGCAUGCUUGGCGGCUCCCGGCCCUACAGCAGAGGAAAGAGCGAUAGCAAUUUGCCAAAAGACUGAGACUGAUAUCAAAUUUGUUUAAAUAAAAUUAUACUUUUUUAAAAGGA